CCGCGCGCCAUGGCCGGGCUCAACUCGCUGGAGGCGGUGAAGCGCAAGAUCCAGGCGCUGCAACAGCAGGCGGACGACGCGGAGGACCGCGCGCAGGGCCUGCAGCGUGAGCUGGACGGCGAGCGCGAGCGGCGCGAGAAAGCUGAAGGAGAUGUGGCAGCCCUCAAUCGGCGCAUCCAGCUUGUGGAGGAGGAGCUGGACCGGGCUCAGGAGCGACUGGCCACGGCCCUGCAGAAACUGGAGGAGGCCGAAAAGGCUGCAGAUGAGAGCGAGAGAGGGAUGAAGGUGAUAGAAAACCGGGCCAUGAAAGAUGAGGAGAAGAUGGAGAUCCAGGAGCUGCAGCUCAAAGAGGCCAAGCACAUCGCUGAGGAAGCGGACCGCAAGUACGAGGAGGUAGCUCGGAAGUUGGUCAUCCUGGAAGGCGAGCUGGAAAGGGCCGAGGAGCGUGCGGAGGUGUCUGAACUAAAAUGUGGUGACCUGGAAGAAGAGCUCAAGAAUGUCACCAACAACCUGAAGUCACUGGAGGCUGCAUCUGAGAAGUAUUCUGAAAAGGAGGAUAAAUAUGAAGAAGAAAUUAAACUUCUGUCUGACAAACUGAAAGAGGCUGAGACCCGCGCGGAAUUCGCAGAGAGAACAGUUUCAAAGCUGGAAAAGACCAUUGACGACCUGGAAGAAAAACUUGCCCAGGCCAAAGAAGAGAACGUGGGCCUACAUCAGACACUGGAUCAGACACUAAACGAACUUAACUGUAUAUAACCAGAAGUGGAAAAGUGGUUCUCAUAGAAACUCCAGUGCUCCGUGUCAUUCUCUUCGCCUUGUGAGAAGUUUCUUUUGUUAUCGCAUCUUCGCUUUGCUGGAAAUGUCAAGCCAGUUAUGAAUACAUGACCAAAUAUUUUAUAGCAGAGAUGCUUUGGGCACCAGUUAAAUUUUAAUCCCCCUCUUUUUUUCUUUCUAAAUGGCACCAGCUUUUUAGCUCUAUUUUUACCCUUAAGUUGCAUUUAUUCCUAAGGUAGGCAGGGUAUUUCGUAUUGAGCACAUUCUCUUUGAGACCAAGAUCUGUUUUCUGGGAGAAUAUAACCCCACACUUUUAAAACAUAGACUCUGAUUAUCUCACAGUGGGUUUAAAAAUGCUAAAGACUGUAAACUGUCUGGGUCACCCUUGUCCACAAACAGCAGGAAGUUAGGGACCAUUACAGUAAAAUGAUGGGGAUUUUCCAUCCUGAGCAAAAAAAAAAUUAGAAAGGGCUAUUGUGGAAAGUCAUAAAGCACAGCUAGAUUAACCUGGUCACCAUGGCCCUUCUCCAUACUACACUGCAGAACAAACAUCCUCCGCACAGGCAGCACGAGCCUGCCUGGGAAGUGGUCCUAACACUUACUCAGGUCUUUUCUGGACAUGUCCUGAAUGCUAUGUUCCUCCAGGUAUUUCAUUCUGACAUGGUUCUCUAACAAGUGGCUCUCUAACUUUAACAGUGGCCCACGCUUGUCUGUUCUGAUGUAAGGCCAUGCACUGGGCAGGAAUGUGGUGUGCAGUCCUGUCUAGUUCCGCCAUAUUCAGAUGACUGUUGGCCAUCAGUAAACUGAGAGAAAGAAAUGCUUUCUAUUAAAAACACUGGGCAGCAAAGUGGAGAUCAAAGUCAUGGGUGUAACUUCAUCUCUGCACUUAAUGGAAAAUGGAAGAUUUCCUUCGCUUGGACUUGAAUUCCUUCUUUGGGACCAAGUUACUAAACAUU